GCAGAAAAGUGUGCAGUUAGGAUUUAGGCCUACAUCAGCUUAAAGCAUGGCAGUUAGACAUAUAGACAUCACUACAUCAGCUAUGCCAUGUUUAAUCCCAUUUGGUUUUCGGCUCACCAUAUAAUGCAAUGCCGUUGCACCAAAUCUACAGCUGACAGUCCCCUGCCCGCGCCCCCGGCCGAGGUAACACCACCGACCCCAAGUACUCUGCCUGCAGCUAUUGGGCCAACAAGCAUGAAACCAAACCCCCCCUCUGUAAGAAGAGUUGUCGCAAUUCUAGCUCCGGUAGGUGGCUUCAUUUUCCUCACCAUCUUGUUCCUUGUCAGUUUCUUCAUACGUAAACGAAGAACACAACGGCAGCAUGGGAUGGAACAAGAGGAAGAGUUUGGGGAGCUACAAGGAACACCAAUGAGGUUCACAUUUCAACAGCUAAAAGCAGCAACCGAGCAGUUCAAAGACAAGCUCGGGGAAGGAGGAUUUGGGUCUGUUUUCAAGGGUCAAUUUGCUGAUGAAAGGAUUGCGGUAAAACGUUUGGAUCGAUCUGGUCAAGGCAAAACAGAAUUUUCGGCAGAGGUUCAGACAAUUGGCAGCAUUCAUCACAUUAACCUGGUGAGAUUGAUUGGCUUCUGUGCAGAGAAAUCCCAUAGGCUCUUGGUAUAUGAGUACAUGCCCAAAGAAUCCUUGGACAGAUGGAUCUAUUGUCGACAUGACAAUGAUGCUCCUCCUCUACAUUGGAGCACACGGUGCAAGAUUAUCACUCAUAUAGCUAAGGGCCUCACGUAUCUUCACGAGGAGUGCACAAAACGAAUUGCUCAUUUGGAUGUCAAACCACAAAACAUCCUCUUAGAUGACAACUUCAAUGCUAAACUUUCUGAUUUUGGACUAUGCAAGCUCAUUGACAGGGAUAUGAGCCAAGUGGUUACUAGAAUGAGAGGCACACCUGGGUAUUUAGCUCCUGAAUGGUUGACAUCACAGAUCACGGAAAAGGCAGAUGUCUAUAGCUUUGGCGUUGUGGUCAUGGAAAUCAUGAGUGGAAGAAAGAACCUUGACACUUCCCGGUCAGAGGAGAGCAUUCAUCUCAUUACCCUAUUGGAGGAAAAGGUGAAGAGUGAUCGGUUGGUAGAUUUGAUUGACAAUAACAGCACCGACAUGCAAGCACACAAGCAAGAUGUAAUUCAGAUGAUGAUGCUUGCAAUGUGGUGCUUGCAGAUUGAUUGCAAAAGAAGGCCUAAAAUGUCUGAGGUAGUAAAAGUAUUGGAAGGUGCCAUGAAUAUAGACAUCAACAUAGAUCAUCACUUUGUUGUGAAUUCAGCAAAUUUUGGUAGUGCUGGAAAUGUGAGGUCUUCAGCUCCACCUCUAGCCUCAGAUGUAUCAGGCCCUAGGUGAAACGAGACAAUCCUGACAAGGUAGCUAAUUAGAUUGUAAGUAGGGGAUUCUCUUAUGUAAAACAAAGCUAUGGACUGCUGUAUUUUCUCAAAUUAUUACAAUCAGAUGAACUUAUUUGUAUUGUUUUGUUCAGGUUUUCCUUGUAACACAAAUCUGCUUUGAGCUAUCAUGGUUGAAAUUAAUAACAAGUUUUAAACUUCUCAUAGCUCCAAUAAAGCAGAGAAAUGCAGAGUAAAAGCAAAUUGGCAAUCUGAGGGACUAACUAAUUGACAUCAAUCAGUUGGUAUGUUAGUUACUACAAGUUCCUUUAUGUUCUGCAGCAUUUCCACUGCCUUUUUAUGAUGCUAGGUACGGCUUGAUUUCCUCAAAACGAUAAAAGAUGGCUCAAACCUAUUCUAAGCCGUUUUGAGAAAACUGUAAAAUGCUACAUCUAUUGAUAUUGUUUGCCCUUUUUAACACUCCAGAUAACCUAAAGUGUUGAUAAUAGAUGAGAUAUGUAUUUUUUCUUGUUUCCAAUGACUGGGAGGAUUUUGCUACAUGUUCAAUCCAAAGAUUUCAGAUAUUUAGUUAAAUUGUGAAUAGGAGCUCAUAUUGAAGAGCAACUCAGAUUGAGACUCAGCUUGCAAAUCUAAGAAGUUAGCUGUAAAUUUCCUAGAUUUGUCCAGCAAAUACACCCAUAUAUCAUUUUCAUCAAUUCAGUGUCACACAGAUCCUGGAUAUUGAUCCAUAUUUCCUGGGCUCCCCCCAGAAGGUUCUUCUAACCCUAACACUAUCCCAGCCCUGUAAUUGUAUUCGCCACGAGG